AUGGGGGCUGGCGUCCGCUGCGUGGGCUCCUUUCACGGGUGGCUCGUCGGCGUGCAGCUCAACAAAGGUCGCUACUUUGGUGACGGCCGGUGCUUCCUGAUGAACGCUUUCUACCAGGACGUCGUCCGCCUCCCACCGCCUUCCGUAAACACCCACUCCCUCGAUGCCUAUAGUAAAUCUCUCCCAAUCGCCAAUGGCUCUGGUGCAGUGCAAUGCACGGUCAGUGGCGCCCAGAGCACAGCUAGCCUUGCCCUCUGGCGGCCUGGGAUGACGUCGUGGUGCGUGUGCCAAGGUGGCUGCAUCAGUAAGUUCAGUGACAUUGCCUUGUACCAGGGAAAGGUCUACAUGUUUAGCAAGGUCACCACGAACCUCUUUGUCUUUGACAUCUCAGAAGAUGAGAGUGGCCUGAUGGUUUCUGGUGUCGAGCGCUGUGUGACUGAACUGCCUGAGGUCAAGGAUAGCUAUGGACAGAGGUGGAACAUAGUUGAGUGGCAUGGGAAACUAUUGCUGGUUGUGAUAUACUUGGGACUUGAAGGCUGGCACAAUAUUUGUAAGAUUGGGGUAUUUGAGGUGGACCUGAGCACAAACCCUUUCCGAUUCACUGAGAUCAACAACUUGGAUGGCGACUGCAUUUUCAUCAGCCCCUGCAGCAGCAAUUCGUUCCAUGCAUGUCUGUAUGAUGGAGUCGAAGAUGAUCUCAUCUACUUCAUUGAUGGUGGCCUCAACCACUCUAGAAAUGCAUCCCCUUUUGAUAAAUUUGUGUACAACAUGAGGGAUGGUACAUUGGCGUCAUUUGCUGUGGAAAUAACAGAAGACAACCUUCGGGCACCAGAUGGCAGCCUGAUGAAUCCAACAUGGCUCUUUCCUUCUGAAUGA